UAUAAGGAUUAUCACUUGAAGGUUGUACAAAGAUGAAGAUUGAAGGUGAUACCUUUGAAGUAUUAACAUCUUUAACGUUCUUGAAUAUGAGUGAUUGUGUUAAAGUGGAGACAAUAGACUAUAGAUUUAUAAAUCUUAUAUCUCUUGGAAAUAUCAUUUUUAAAGAUUGUACUAUUUUAAAGAAGAUUAAUACCAAGUUUAAUAGUAUGACAAACUUAAAGCUAUUGUCAUUUGAAGGGUGUGAGAAUUUGGAAGACAUGCUUAUGGGAUUGAACUUUCUCUUAUCUUUGCAAGUAUUAUCAUUUAAAGAUUGCAAAAAGAUGAACAUUAAAAAUGAUACCUUUGGUACAUUGUCAUCUUUAACAUACUUGGAUUUGAGUGGUUGUAUUCAAGUAGAGACUAUAUACAAUGAAUUUGCAAAUCUUAUAUCUUUAGAAAAUUUGUUUUUUGAAGAUUGUACCAAUUUAAAGAAGAUUGAUGCCACAUUUGGUGGAAUGACAAACUUGAAGAGAUUGUCAUUUAAAAGAUGUGAGAAUUUAGAAGCCAUGCCUAUAAGAUUAAACUAUCUCUUAUCUUUGCAAGUAUUAUCACUUAGAGGUUGUACAAAGAUGAAGAUUGAAGGUGAUAUCUUUGGUAUAUUAACAUCUUUGACAUACUUAGAUUUGAGUGAUUGUGUUCAAGUAGAGACUAUACAUAAUAAAUUUGCAAAACUUAUAUCUUUAGAGAAUUUAUUUUUUGAAGAUUGUACCAAUUUGAAGAAGAUUGAUGCCAAGUUUGAUAGUAUGACAAACUUAAAGCUAUUAUCAUUUGAAGGGUGUGAGAAUUUGGAAGACAUGCCUAUGGGAUUGAACUAUCUCUUAUCUUUGCAAAUAUUAUCAUUUAAAAGUUGCAAAAAGAUGAAGAUUGAAUAUGAUACUUUUGGUACAUUAUCAUCUUUGACAUACUUGGAUUUAAGUGGUUGUAAUCAAGUAGAGACUUCAUACAAUGAAUUUACAAAUCUUAUAUCUUCAGAGAAUAUAUUUUUUAAAGAUUGUACUAUUUUGAAGAAGAUUCAUGCUACAUUUGAUGAUAUGAUAAACUUGAAGAGAUUGUGGUUUGAUGGGUGUAAGAAUUUGGAAGACAUGCCCAUGGAAUUGAAGCAUCUCUCAUCUUUGCAAGGAUUAUCACUUAAAGGUUGUACAAAGAUGAAGAUUGAAGAUGAUACCUUUAAUGCAUUGACAUCUUAGACAUCAUAGAUUUGAAUAGAUGUAUUAAUUUAGAGAUAAUACAUAAGAGAUCCUCUCUUUUUUUAGUAACUUAGGAUUUAAUAUAAUUUUAGUAUUGUAACAUUGAUACAAAAGUUUAUUAGCAUGGUAUAGGUGAUAAUAUUGUAUUAAAAAUAGAACAAUAAUAGAAGAAUUGGAUUUAAAAUUCUUCUUAA